AUGGCUGCGAAGCUUCUGCAUACAUUGGCAGAUGAUAACUCGGAACUGCAGAAGAAAAUUGGAUGUAUGAAUGGGAUUUUCCAAAUCUUUGAUCGCCACCAUGUUCUCACAAACCGGCGAAAAAGUCUUACUCUAGGUAAUGCACAUGUCAAUAGUAUCAACUUUGAAAGAGACUCUGUUGAUGCAGUUUAUCAGCAAAGACCAACAUUCAAGUCUCAAGACUCAAACCUCAAUAACGGAAAUGAAUCAACCGAGAAGCUAACAAGGCCAUCAACAGAAUCUUCGAGGGUUUCAUUCUCAUCGUCGUGUUCAUCAUCUUCCCCUUUGUAUUCUGAGGUAAACAGAGAAGCUCAGCCUGAAAUAUCCGCGAGUGACAGAGUCAUUUUCCCUGAAUCUCCAACGAGUGAUCCAGUGAUGAGCCAAGGAGGUGGGUUUGCUCCACAUAUGGGACUUGACCUUAGAGAUGUUGUUAGAGACUCUAUGUACAGAGAAGCUAGAGGACACAACAACAGAAGAGAGGACUCUCCAAGACCUUACGGUUUGAUGCAAUCCACGCCUGUAGAUUUCAACCAGUCCUGCAAAGCACUGGCCAAACUUAGAAAAACAUCUCAGCAUUACUACAAUGAGGUUGACAUGAAAGAUGCAUCUCGUUACUACGUUGAUUCUCGUGACAAGUUGAAAUCAGGGAAGAAGGUUAAAGAGCUGCCUAGGCUUUCGUUGGACAGUAGAGACCAUGUUGAUCUCAAAUCAUGUACUAAGCUCUCUGAAAGUUUCAGUAGAAGCUCAAGCAUGAACAAAUCUUCUGGUAGCCCGAAACGUCCUCCUAGUGUUGUUGCAAAGCUGAUGGGUUUGGAGACAUUACCUGGUUCUCCAUUGGGGAGAGACAAGAUCAACAUGUUUGAUGAUAACAGUGAUCAUCACUUCUCAAGGUCAUUGAGGGAGAAUAGCUUUAACCGUACUAUCCGGUUAUCUCCUAGCUCACCGAGAAGCUCUGCGAAAGACCUGCCUUCUUCUUCUUCUUCCUCUUAUUCUCCAAGAUGGAGAAACUCUGAGUUUGUUAUGAAACCUUUAUCUAGUUUGAGAUAUCCCAUUGAACCAGCUCCAUGGAAGCAAACCGAUAGAAACCGGUUUUUGCAAAAGCAAGCAACCAGGCCAGUGAAAGCUCUGUCGCAGUCAAUGGAAGGAAGAUUGAAAGAUCUCGAGUUGAAGCAUUCAGGGAUAGAUCUCAGAGCUUUUAAAGAGAUAAUAGAGGCAAUGCAGUCAAAAGGUGUCUUUGAUACUCAAAAGCAGCAGCCACAAUGCUCAAACUUGGAGCCUCAAAGAGAUUCAGCAACUUCUAACCAAGACGCAAGAGGUCUACAAAACCAGGUGACGAGAGGACCGAUUGUGAUUAUGAAACCUGCAAGACUUGUUGAAAACUCUGGUAUUCCUUCAUCAUCUCUGAUUCCCAUUCACAGUCUGUCUGGUCUUAAUACGACAUGCAGAGAAGAGACUGUGAAUGUUCAAAGAAAGGUGGCAAAAGGUCGUAGUUCUGUUGAUAACAAAACUAGCAGCAGAAAUGUGCGGUCUUCUCAGGUUUCUAAAGAGAGCAGUUUCAAGAAUCCAGGAUGUGCAAGUUCAAGAUUGCAUCAGAUGAAGAAGCAUGAGAAUGACAAGCGUUCUCGUCCACCAACCACUCCAUCAUCUGAUUCAAGCAAAUCAAGAAGACAAACAAACCGACAACCGGAAGAAUCUACUACUCCUCCUGGUGGUAAGCGUAGACCGAGGGCUCAGAGGAGCUUACAGAAAAAAGAUGACCAACUUCGUCAAACGAGCAGUAAAUCUAGAACUGAGACUGAAGCCACCGUGGCUAUAGACCAAGCUGGUGGUGGAAAGAGUCCUUCUGUUAUAGAGGCAGCCAAAGCCGUUGUCUCUAACUUAAUGCAGCAUAAAUCCAUUCCAAAGCUUAGUGAAGAUGGAUCACCGGAACAUCCAAGUCCAGUUUCUGUUCUCAACGCAUCAAUCUACAGAGAGAUCAAACCAUCUCCAGUGAAAAUGCAAGCUAGUGAAGGCAGUGGUAAUGGCCUUAUUGAACAUUGCGAAGAAGACCAGUGGAAUCCAGCUUACAGCUUCUCAGAGACAACAACCAGCUUUUCACCCGAGGUAAACCGGAAGAAGCUUGAAAAUGUUGAGCAUUUGGUUCAAAAGCUGAAAAGACUAAACUCCAGCCAUGACGAAGCCAGCCAAGACUACAUUGCAUCACUAUGCGAGAACAAUGAUCCUAACACCGAUCACAGAUACAUUUCCGAGAUUCUUUUAGCCUCAGGUCUUCUCCUAAGAGACCUUGGCUCAGAAUUAACGACGUUUCAACUUCACUCUUCAGGCCACCCUAUCAAUCCCGAGCUAUUCCUUGUUCUUGAGCAAACUAAAGGAAGCAGCAGCAGCAGCAGCAACGAGAAGCUCAACCGCAGACUUGUAUUCGAUGCUGUGAAUGAAAUGCUCGUGAAGAAGUUAGCUUUUGUUGAGGGCAGUGCAGAUCAAUGGAUGAAGUCAGAUAAAGCGAUGAAGAGGGUCUUGAGUGCGCAACAACUCUUGAAAGAACUAUGUUCAGAGAUAGAAACAUUGCAAAAUCAAGCCAAGAAAAGAUCAGAUGACUUCUUGUUGUUGGAAGAACAAGAAGAAGACUUCUUAAAAUGUAUAUUGGAUGAAGAUAUGGCGACUCAAUCUGGGAAAUGGACAGACUUUGAUGAUGUAAUCCCUGGUUUAGUGCUACACUUGGAGAGGCUUCUCUUUAAGGAUCUGGUGAGUGAGAUCGUGCAUGGUGAGAUUGGUCCGCUGCAAGAAAAUUGA